AUGAAGGAGCAGCAGGAGAAAGUGGCUGAUGAGGGGCCCAGUAACAGACAAACUCUUUCUCAUAUUUUUAUACCGUACGAAGAUAUCAACACAUCUGUUCCAGGAUUCCAGCCAAGGAUCUCUGACAUCCACACAGAAAUGAGUGAGCAGGAUAUGACCUACUCAGAGUUGAAAUUUCACAGUCCUAAUGAACUGCGAAGCAGACAGAUUGCUGAGAAGGCCAAGAAUAAAGAUUCUUCCUCCCUGCCUCCAUACCUGCAGCUCAUUUUAGUGAUUCUUGGAAUCUUCUGCCUGGUUUUGUUGGUAACAAUAAGUGUCCUGGGUGCUAAGGUUCUCCAGAAUGAAAACCCCAACAAACAGCAUGAAUUAUUCGAAAACCUCACCCAACUGCAGAAAACUCUGGAAAUCUGCCACCAGCAAAAAGAUGAUCUCCAAGCAAAGAACACACACCUCACACAUAUUGUGAACAUUAAAGUUCUGCAGAACAAAUCCCUCAACAAGCAAUGUGAAAUUGUGGACAAUAUCACCCAACUGCAGAAAACACUGGAAAUCUGCCACCAGCAAAGAGAUGAUCUCCAAGCAAAGAGCACAAACCUCACAAAUAUUAUGAACAUGAAAGUGCUGUCUGCUAAUUGUGAAGAGAGUGUUUCAUCUCCUUCCACAAGUUUCAUAAAGACUCAUGUCUCAUUUCACUGGAUUGGACUAUCCUGUAUGGCUAUUGGUCAUGGCUGGGUGUGGCAGGAUGGCACAGCCCACCCCACUGACCUUUUUCCAGUAAAGAUACAAGAGCCUGGAAAAAAAUGUGCACUUUUCAAAGCUGAGGAAGCCUUCUCCCAUAACUGUACAGGCCAAUAUCGCUGCAUUUGUGAAAAGAGGGCUACUCGGCAAAAGACUACUGAAUUGGCACAAGGAAGAUAACAGUAUUCAUGGCGAUCAUAACCGGGGACAUUCCAAAGGGAAAGAGAAUUCACCCCUUGAGUUUGAAGAGUUGCCACCUUGAGCUGGGAUAC